GCUCCGCCUUCCAGAGCCUGCUAGUCCCGGCCGGACCCGCGCGGCGCCCGGAAGUGCCCGGGACUCGGCCGCCGGGAUGGGUCGGAAAGUGACCGUGGCCACCUGCGCGCUCAACCAAUGGGCCCUGGACUUCGAGGGCAAUUUGCAGAGGAUUUUAAAGAGUGCAGUUGGGCGCUGCUGUCUCCAAGCAGAGGUUGCUGGUGCCGCCAUAGGCUGUGCUCCUUGGAGGCCUGCCUCCUCCCUGCACCCGGUCUUCCGCAUCCCCUUGUUAAUAAACUACCAGGGACUGACUACUUCCUCCUCCCCCUCCCCCAAGGGGCUAAGGAUCAGCAUUUUGCUUCCAAAGGGUGUAUCGAAAUUGCCAAACGCAAAGGAGCAACAUACAGGCUUGGACCAGAACUGGAAAUAUGCGGCUACGGGUGCUGGGAUCAUUUUUACGAGUCGGACACCCUCUUGCAUUCGCUCCAAGUCCUGGCUGCCCUUUUGGAGUCUCCAGUCACUCAGGAUAUCAUCUGUGACGUGGGAAUGCCCGUGAUGCACCGGAACGUCCGCUACAACUGCAGGGUGAUAUUUCUCAACAGGAGGAUCCUGCUCAUCAGGCCCAAAAUGGCCUUGGCAAACGAGGGCAACUAUCGGGAGCUACGCUGGUUUACCCCCUGGUCCAGGACUCGGCAAACAGAGGAGUAUUUUCUCCCCCGGAUGCUGCAGAGCCUGACAAAGCAGGAAACCGUGCCCUUCGGAGAUGCGGUGCUGGCCACCCGCGACACCUGCAUCGGGAGCGAGAUCUGUGAGGAGCUCUGGACGCCCCACAGCCCGCACGUGGACAUGGGCCUGGACGGCGUGGAGAUCUUCACCAACGCCUCGGGCAGCCACCACGUGCUGCGCAAAGCCCACGCCAGGGUGGAUCUGGUGACCAUGGCUACCACCAAGAACGGCGGGAUCUACUUGCUGGCCAAUCAGAAGGGCUGUGACGGGGACCGACUAUACUACGAUGGCUGUGCCCUGAUAGCGAUGAACGGCCACAUCUUGGCGCAGGGCUCCCAGUUCUCCCUGGACGACGUGGAAGUUCUCACCGCGACGCUGGAUUUGGAGGACGUCCGGAGCUACAGGGCGGAGAUUUCAUCUCGAAACCUGGCGGCCAGCAAGGUGAGCCCCUACCCCCGAGUGAAGGUGGACUUCGCCCUCUCGUCCCGCGAGGACCUGCUGGAGCCUCUGUCCGAGCCCCUCGAGUGGAAGUACCACAGUCCCGCCGAGGAGAUCAGCCUUGGACCCGCCUGCUGGCUCUGGGAUUUCUUAAGACGCAGCCAGCAGGCCGGCUUCUUCCUGCCCCUGAGUGGUGGCGUGGACAGCGCAGCCACCGCCUGCCUCGUCUACUCCAUGUGCCGCCAGGUCUGCGAGGCCGUGAAUAACGGAAAUCAGGAAGUGCUGGGCGACGUCCGGACCAUCGUGGACCAGCUCGACUACACGCCCCGGGACCCCCGAGAGCUCUGCGGGCGCGUGCUGACGACCUGCUACAUGGCCAGCGAGAACUCCUCCCGGGAGACGCGUGACAGAGCCGCGGAGCUGGCCCAGCAGAUCGGCAGCCACCACAUCGGUCUCGACGUCGACCCCGCGGUCAAGGCCGUCGUGGGCAUCUUCAGCCUGGCGACGGGGAAGAGGCCCCUGUUCGCGGUUCACGGAGGAAGCCGCCGGGAAAACCUGGCGCUACAGAACGUGCAGGCUCGGAUACGGAUGGUCGUGGCCUAUCUGUUUGCUCAGCUGAGCCUCUGGGCCCGGGGCGCUCGCGGUGGACUGCUGGUGCUCGGAUCGGCCAACGUGGAUGAGAGGUGCGUGUGCCCGACUCCCGAGCACCCAGGUCUCCGAGGGGUGCCCUCCUCCCUUCUGGACUUUGAUGCCAAGAGAGAGACGAGGCCGGAGCCUUGCUGGGUGGGUCUGCUGGCCACCCCGGGCACCGCACCUCCGGACCCUCCCCGACUCCGAGCUGCUGACAGCUCCCGAGGCAGCGGGGGAGGCACACACCUCCUCGGCUACCUGACCAAGUACGACUGCUCCAGCGCGGACAUCAACCCCAUAGGCGGCAUCAGCAAGACGGACCUCAGGGUCUUCGUCCACUUCUGCCUCGAGCACUUCCAGCUCCCCGCCCUGGAGGGCAUCCUGGCAGCACCGGCCACUGCAGAGCUGGAGCCCUUGGCCGACGGACGGGUGUCCCAGACGGACGAGGAAGACAUGGGCAUGACGUACGCGGACCUGUCCGUCUACGGCAGACUCCGGAAGGUCGCCAAGACCGGGCCCUAUGGCAUGUUCUGCAAGCUCGUCAGCCUGUGGAAAGACGUGUGUUCCCCGCGGCAGGUGGCUGACAAGGUGAGGUGGUUUUUCUGCAAGUACUCCAUGAACAGGCACAAGAUGACCACGCUCACACCCGCGUACCACGCGGAAAGCUACAGCCCCGACGACAACAGGUUCGACCUGCGGCCGUUUCUCUACAACACCAGCUGGCCCUGGCAGUUCCGGUGCAUAGAGGCCCAGGUGCUGCGGCUCGAGAGCAGAGGCUGUCAGGACCUGGAUGGCGUGGACUGACACCCCCCCCCGCCCCGACGCUUCCACCUCGCCGCUGACGGUGCGCCCAGAACGGUGUGCCAGCGUCUCCCUCCACGCCUCGAGGGGGCGGGAUCUUGCUCUGGUUCCUUAAAAAAGACUCAAAUAAAGAGAGUGUGAUUUCUGGGA